ACACACACACAUACUAACAUAAGAACACACACACACACACACACUAACAUAAGAACACACACACAAUCACUCACAAACAUAUAGACAAUUAAUGACUCAUAAUCCCCACCCCCCCACACACCUUCUCUCUGGUGUAGUGGAGGUGAAGUCAUGCAGAAAGCUGACUUCUGAUCAUUACAUAUUAAUUAGUGUGUUAGUAGGGUCUCAGAGGGUAACAACAUCCCCCCAACCCCCAACCCCCUGCCUCCCCCUUCAGGGUCUGUCUGUACCCCAUGGAGACCCUUCCUAAUCAGGACAGAUACAUUAUUCAGUCUCUAUCAUGCUUUCAUACUCUCCUCACAGCUGAUUGACUUUGCUUGAUGAGAGUCAUUUCCUCCAGAGUGUUGCUUCCAUAAUGACAACAGAGAAAGAAAGAACCAGGGAUAUUUUAGUGAUGUUGUGUGUUCUGUUGGUGGGUUGAUUUAGAGUUAUGAUAUUUUAGUGAUGUUGUGUGUUCUGUUGGUGGUUUGGAUUGAGAGUUAUAGAAGGAAUGACUGGAUGGAUUGUUAAAGGGUUUCAAUGACAGUGGUGGGAUGCCUGGGAAGUUUUGUUUUGGGGUAAAAAACUACAAUUUUAUCCCUCCACCAUUUCCUUACACUAAGUCAUCCACUUCCAGUCAUGUUUUUCUCCUUUAAGACAUCUUAGUCAUCCACUUCCAGUCAUGUUUUUCUCCUUUAAAGGGGCAAUCUGCAGUUGCUACAUACAUUUUCUGACUUUUAAAUCAAUGAUAUGUACCCAUUGAUUCUUGAAGAAUAUAACUUAUAAAUGCCUCAUGACCUUACUUCAACUAUCGUACCCCAUCAGAACCCAGAAUAUAAGCUUGUUUUCUCCAAUGUUUGUAAACAAUGUAAAUGUUAACAACCACUGUAUCACCUCAAAACAUGGCUAAAACUAUAAUUUUGAUAUCAUGGAUGGUCAGUCCUUGCAUCCAUAGCUCUCUCUAUGAAUUUGAGAGUGGUAACAUUUCUCCAGCCCCAUCCCUCAGCUUGUUACCGAAACUUCAGAUUGCCCCUUUAUGACAUCAGAAAUAGACAAGGAGGCAUAAAACAACUAGCCCACACAUUUCCUGCAAAAGCAAAAGGCCUUCCCUCACCAACCCACCAAAGAGCAUUUAGAAAUACUCCAUGGUCUGGCCUAACCUCAAUAUUAUUUGAAACAUACCAUGUUAUUAUUGAAGGGGGGGGAAUAAUUACUAUUAUCUUUAUUUAGGUCCUUUAAUUUCCCCGGACCACAGAUUUAUGGGCGCAGCAUUCCAGUGUUUGGGUGUUCAGGCACCCCGCCCUUCUAAUAGCCCCAGGAGAGGGGAGUGUGACGGGCCUGGGACCUCUCUGUCUGGUCAAUGUGAUCUCAGCUUUAGUACCACACGUUCCAAGCAACCCCCUAGGAUGUUAAAGAAACAGGCUGAGAGGGGGGAGUUGUUGUUGUUGUUGUUUAUGAGGUUUUAGGGAACUCUCUGGUCAAUGGGAUCUCAGCUCUAGUACCAGCACACUUAUGUUGUUUGAAUAGUUUUUCAGUUUAUUAUAUGAAUGUACAGAUUGUGUUGUCAGACUUAUAGUUAGAAUAUGGACUGAUUAUUACUUAGAGUAUAGACUGAUUAUUACUCAGAGUAUGUGGACUGAUUUCCUAUGUUGACAGUCUGCUCUGAUGGGAUUCAACAUGACACCUCCUCUUUUUCUCCGCAGGCUCUGCACAGGCAGCCCUUCCCUCCUAGGAAGGCCCCAUCUCCAUCUCACAUGCGGGACCCAUCCCCUCUACCCACUCCCAUGCCUGGCCCCAGGGGCCACAACUCGGAUGGGACUCAAGGCAGGGACAGCGGCAGCGUGAGUGGCAGCUCCAGUGGUGGAUCCAAAAAGCUGCGGUCGCGUACCCGGAUCUCCCUGGAGGCUCUGGCCAUCCUGCAGAGCUUCAUCGGUGACGUGGGCCUCUACCCCGACCAGGAGGCUAUCCACACCCUGUCGGCCCAGCUGGACCUGCCCAAGCACACCCUGGUCAAGUUCUUCCAGAACCAGCGCUACCACGUCAAGCACCACAACAGCACCACCCAGAUGAGCGAUGCAGGGGAGGGGGAGGCGUGGGAGGAGAGGGACGGUGAGGGGGUGGAAGGGACUGAGUACCGCGACGAGGAGCUGCUCUCUGGGUCGGAGGGUUCAGACGUGGCUGAGUCCAGCGAGGACGGGCGGGGUGGUUCCGAGGAGACAUACAGAACAGAGGGAAGAGGAGGAGUGGAAGGAGAGGAGGAGAAGGAGGACCAGGACCAGGGCAAAGCCUCAGGCCCCCGGCCCACCUCCCUACCCCCCUAUAGGUCCCCGAAGAGUCCCCCUGACUCUGGAGAGCACCAUAGAUAACCCCCUCGGACCACGGAGGAGGGAAGGACAGACAGACAAGCCCAGGACAGAGGGAUGGAGGGAGGACGACACAGACAGAACAGUAAUGAGAAAGAAUGUGUCUGGUACGGAAGCCCAUGAGGAUGGCUUUUGGGUAGAGGAGAGCCCUACCACACCACAGUGGAUGUGGGUACAGGUCAGGACCUAUGGAGGUAGACAGGCAGGGGUGGUGAAAAGACAACAGAGUACCUCAGAAUGAGAGAAGAGAUGCACUCUGGGUAAUGAAGUCAUAGACAGGCUGCUGUUAGAACAUGAUUCAUUGUAGUCGGAAAAAAACCUUCCAAAGUGUUUAGAAAAUGAAAAUGGUUUCAUUUAUUAAAUGGGCCACAAGGAUGAUUACAAUUAAGGCAUAGUUAUGUGUUUCAAGCACGUCCCUUCAUCACAGAGUCUGUCGUUGUAUUCUUAGAGCAGUGCCCUGAGAUACUGUACAGUAUGUGAACAGUUUUUUCUGAUUGGUUAUCCUAUGAACGUUCCUAUAAUGUCUGGAAAAUCCUUGCAUUGGCUGUGUGUAAUGCAGUCAGUCUCCCUCAACGUCGACAAAUCUUUCCCAUUUCACCAUCCCACCAGCACUUAAAUCAAAACCAUAUUUAUUGUUCUUGUAAUAAUCUAAGUUUAUUGUCGUCAUUAUGGCUGUUAUUAUUAUUUUCUAUUUGAUAUCGAUGAUGUGUUGCUUUCUGUGUGUGAGAUACAUUCACAAAGCAUCUCAUAGUAGGAGUGCUGAUCUCAGAUCAGUUUAGCCUUUUACAUCAUAGUGAAUAAGAUUACAUGGACAGGGGGGACCUGAUCCUAGAUCAGCACUCUCAGACUUUUUUUGAAUACGGGCCAUUGUGAGGGAGAAGAACGCUUUCAAAUGAAGUUGUUACUGAACUGAGUGUACGUCCCUAGAUGUACUGUAUGUUGAUCGAUGAUCUGCUUACUGUUUCCAAAACAAACUGUGACAGUCAAAUCCAACCAAUAAAUGUACUUCUGAAAACAACUGUUGCCAGGUGAAACCUAAUGUUGAAUCUCCUUUUGUAAACUGGCUAAAAUCAACAUCUGUUUGGUUAAUGAGUAAGUGUGGGUGUGAGGGCUAGAUUCAUGACAUUGCCCUCUGAGGUAAAGAAGGACAAACUGAAAUGACAAUCUUACAAAUUAGAUGGAAAUCAGUUGCAAUCUCAAUAUAAUAAAUAUAAUAUUGACUUAUCUGUGUUGGUAAUUUAAGUUGACCUUGUUUCCAGUUAUUUGACUAAAAUCGUAUUGGUUUUUGACUAAAUAGGCUACAAGCUGUUCUAUUUCAGCUGUUUGUUAAGGUCUUUGUACAUGAAAAGGCCAAAAUUCUUAUACUAAAAACGUGGAAAUCAAUCAAACCACCAUCAUUAACACAAUGGGAAAAUCAAAUGAUAUAUUAUUGAACUAUUGAAAUAGCGACCGAGAAAAACUAACUGGUACAGUUUAAGGCCAAGUGGAAAACAAUACUGCAGGUCUGGUCAGGGAUGGAAUGUGAGCCUGUAGGUCUGGUCAGGGAUGGAAUGUGAGCCUGCAGGUCUGGUCAGGGAUGGAAUGUGAGCCUGCGGGUCUGGUCAGGGAUGGAAUGUGAGCCUGCAGGUCUGGUCAGGGAUGGAAUGUGAGCCUGCAGGUCUGGUCAGGGAUGGAAUGUGAGCCUGCAGGUCUGGUCAGGGAUGGAAUGUGAGCCUGCAGGUCUGGUCAGGGAUGGAUUUUGUGAGCCUGCAGGUCUGGUCAGGGAUGGAGUGUGAGCCUGCAAAAAAAAAAGCUGAUGGGGACAGUAUCUGUAUCGGCUGUGAAUGAUGACUAACAUGUACCACCAGACAAAAAGCUGAUGGGGAUAGUAUCUGUAUACUAUAGAAGGUCUGGUCAGAGAUGGGAGUGUGAGCCUGCAGGUCUGGUCAGGGAUGGAGUGUGAGCCUGCAGGUCUGGUCAGAGAUGGGAGUGUGAGCAUGCGGGGCAGAGGAGAUGUAGUCAUUGUUUGUGUGUGUCUGUAAGUUGUUGCUCAUAUGUACAAGUUUGUAUCUGGAGUGGGGAAAAAAUAGACAAAACAAAUGACAAAUAAAAUGUAUUGUUAUAAAAUAAAAUAAAAAAUAAAAAAUAAAAGGCAUUUAUAAAAUGCCUAAAAUGACAAUCCAUAUUAAAUGGAAGAACUGUCUCUAUAUAAGGAGACUCCAUAUCAAUCAUCACCCCAUGACGGAACUAGUACAUGUAGGACCCCCCAUAGUGGCUGUCCUUAACUGAAGCACCAUCUAUUGCUGUAUAUCUCUGAAAUCAAACAGAAAAGUACCUGUGUGUCAACGUUAGUUCCACCUGUCAAUCAAACAACACUUAGAGAUGCUCCACACUACCCACUGAUGGGUACAGUAUCUGUAUCGGCUGUGAAUGACAACUAACAUGUACCACCAGACAAAAUGCUGAUGGGGACAGUAUCUGUAUCGGCUGUGAAUGACAACUAACAUGUACCACCAGACAAAAUGCUGAUAGGGACAGUAUCUGUAUCGGCUGUGAAUGAUGACUAACAUGUACCACCAGACAAAAAGCUGAUGGGGACAGUAUCUGUAUACUAUAGAAGAUAAAAGACAGUGUAAUAUU